CCUGACCGAGACAAGCGGCAGAGAAGCUCGUACACCGAGAGAGAACGGUGGACUCCAUUGCUGUCCCGAGUGUGUUUCUCGUCGGCUGUGUCGUAUUGCGUGUCUGUCCGUGCUUUCGUGCACACAAGUUUUUCCCUUCCACGGCUGCUCGGAGAGAGAUUGUGAAUAGUAUCCCAUUGUGUUUAGUGCCUAGACCGAUAUUCGAGAUCGUCGAGCGUACUGAGACGUAAAAAAACCGAGCCAAAAUGGCUGAUCAACUGACAGAGGAGCAAAUUGCAGAAUUUAAAGAGGCAUUCUCGCUAUUUGACAAAGAUGGAGACGGUACCAUCACAACCAAAGAAUUGGGUACUGUUAUGCGAUCACUUGGUCAAAAUCCUACAGAAGCUGAGCUUCAAGAUAUGAUCAAUGAAGUGGAUGCGGAUGGUAAUGGAACAAUCGAUUUUCCGGAAUUCUUAACCAUGAUGGCUCGCAAAAUGAAGGAUACUGACAGUGAGGAGGAAAUUAGGGAGGCCUUCAGAGUAUUUGAUAAAGAUGGGAAUGGUUUCAUAUCUGCAGCGGAACUCAGACAUGUCAUGACAAAUCUUGGCGAGAAACUCACUGAUGAGGAAGUUGAUGAAAUGAUUCGGGAGGCUGACAUUGAUGGAGAUGGCCAAGUGAACUAUGAAGAAUUCGUCACAAUGAUGACAUCAAAGUGAAUGCAACCUGUGUAAUGGAAAAACUUGCAACUUCAAGUGGUGUUGACGUAUUAAAAUAAAUCAAGAAACAAAGAAAAAUAUAAUGUUAACAAAAAGCGAAUCGACCAGAAAGUGAAAAAAAUCUUGUAUCUGGACGCAAAGAUGUCUUUAAAACGCGAAAAGUCAACGUCCAACACGCGUUAAUCAUCAUUAACGAUAAGUAAUACAGGGCAAUUGUUUAAUUAAAAAGUUAUACCACUAAAAAUCAUUAUCUCUAAAUACACGAAAUACUUAACUAUACACAACAUGAACAUAAAAAUACAUGUUACACGCGCACAUACACAAAUACAAAAAAUAUGCAGCACACACAUAAAUACAUCUAAUACAUAAAAGAUGAUUUAUUUCCGUAUAAAAAAUAUAAUUAAAAAAUGUUAGAUAUAUAUAUGUACACACACAUACACACACACACACACACACACAUACAUAUAUAUACAGUAUAUGUAUAUAUAUAUAUAUAUAUAUAUAACAGGCGCGCAUGUUUGUUGAUGAUAAAAUAAAUAGUGUGUUUCCUUACUUUCCUCUCUUUUUGGCCUUUUCCUAUUUCUUCUCUGCACGUAUCUUUGAAGACUUUCAUGUGUAAGUUUCCCUUGUAAAAUCUACUUUUCAAUGUAUUAAAAAAAAAAAUGCAAUUAUUAAUUAGUGGACAGAAGAGAGGAAAAGUAUUAAAAGAAAGGAAAAAUCUCUAUUAUAGCGCAUCGUGUAGGUUCGUUUGUUGAUCGAGAUAAAUUGAAAAUUUAUUCUGCUCGUUUCUCGAUCAAGGAAAACGUGCUUAUAUCAUUGAUACAGCAUUUGUUGUAGCAAGAAAUUUUAUCAGUAACGUACAUAUUAAGCGUUUGUUUUAUUUUGCCAAAGAAAAUUCGAAUUGGGCAUUGUUUUCCAAAAUUCGAAAUAUAGGCUUCGACCUUUGACUUACCAAUGAUUCCGCGUAUACUGGAUUCCUUGUUACGUCAUAGUGGAUAAUUCAAUUUUUAAUAGUUGAAAAAAAGUAUUAUUAAAAUU